AUGACUCUCUUAAUUAACGAGACAGGAAAUCCCACUGAUGAGAUAAUUGAAAAAAUACAGCAGCAAGGUGAUCUUGGAGAAUGGAGACCCCAAGGAAGUGCAGGAAACCGAGAUACUCGGGACAGCCCUAAAGGAAGUGAGAACAGAGUUUCUCACAAGGAAAUGCUUACAGCUUUAUUGAAGGAUGGCCUAUCUCGUGAAAAGAUUGAUGGUGUUCCAACUAAUGAGCUGUGGCAAAUAUACAAACAAAGAGGGCUGAAUAAGCCUAGCGGGAGAGUGCAGAGUUCUGAAACUAAGAAUCCAGGCGGACUAACUUUGAAUCUCCCAGACGGUCAGUACCAGUUUGUGGUGAAAGAUCAUAUCAGUAUUAGAACAAUUUUAGUAGGAAAAGUGAAAAUGCCUCCUGUACAGAUUCCUGCUGCUACUAAAUUAGUGACUAUGAAACAAUAUAGAAUUCCAGGAGGGCCUGAGGAGAUAUCACAGACAAUUAAAGAUUGAUUAGAUGCAGGAGUAUUGAAACCAGUUACCACAGCUUGGAACAAUCCGGUAUGGCCUGUCAAGAAAAGUGAUGGGUCAUGGAGAAUGACAGUAGAUUUUAGGGAAUUAAAUAAACACACCCCACCACUUACAGCAGCUGUACCAGACACUGUUACUUUAAUAGAAAAGGUUCGAAAGCAUCCAGGGACUUGGUCUGCUGUAAUAGAUUUAGCUAAUGCCUUUUUCACUAUCCCAAUUGCAGAGGAGCAUUGGGACCAAUUUGCCUUCACCUGGCAGGAACGACAGUGUACCUUUACCAGAUUGACUCAGGGAUGGCUGCAUAGUCCAACCGUUUGCCAUCGGACAGUGGCUGAGCAUCUGGAUAAGAUAAAAUUGCCUCCUCAUAGGCAAAUAGUGCAUUAUAUUGAUGAUAUUCUAAUUCAGGGAAACAAUGAGAAGGAAGUGCAACAAAUACUUGAACAGGUGGUAGAUCAUAUGAGACAGAAAGGUUGGGAAAUUAAUCCUAACAAGAUUCAAGAACCAUCCCAAAUGGUAAAAUUUUUAGGAAUUCAAUGGCAUUGUGGGCAUCGGGAAAUAUUACCCAAAGCUCGACAGAAAAUUUUGGAUUUUGCAGUACCUCAAAAUAAAAAUGAGGCACAGAGAUUUAUUGGAUUGUUUGGAUUUUGGCAGCAGCAUAUUCCCCAUUUAGGACAGAUUCUGACUCCUUUGUAUAAAGUAACAAGGAAAAUAUAUGAGUUUGAAUGGGGGAAUGAACAGCAAGCUGCUUUUGAGUCAGCAAAGGAAGCUAUUCAAAAGGCCCUAGAUUUGUGGCCAUUGCAGGAGGGAGAAGUUGAGUUAAAUGUGUCAGUAAAUGGAUUACAUGCUAAUUGGAGCCUAUGGCAAAAACAGGGAAAGAAAAAGUUUCCCUUAGGUUUUUGGGGACGAAAGCUGCCAGAGGCAGGAAACAAUUAUACACCUUUUGAGAGACAACUAUUAGCAUGUUAUUGGGCGUUGGUAGAAACAGAGCAGCUUACGAUAGGACAUGAAGUGUCCCUUCGUCCUGAAAUUCCUAUCAUGCAAUGGGUUAAAAGCUCUCCUAAAACCCAUCGAAUUGGGCAUGCUCAAGAAUCAAGUAUCAUAAAGUGGAAAUGGUAUAUUCAGGAUAGGGCCAAGGUAGGGGUUGGUGGAGUAGCUACCCUCCACGAAGUAGCUACUGCCCCCACAGGUGAUGAAGAAAUGAACCCUGAUUUCACAGUUGAACGGGAAUCCCCAGUACGAUGGGGAAAAGCUUUCGACCAAUUGACACCCUCUGAAAGGGAACAUGCUUGGUUCACUGAUGGAUCAGCUAAGUAUAUAGGAGGGAAGAGGUUUUGGAAAGCAGUAGCUUACUAUCCCCAUCUAGAAAAAUUUUUAGAAACUACAGGAGAAGGGAAAAGCAGCCAGUAUGCUGAAUUAUAUGCAGCUUAUAUGGCCUUGAAACAAGAAGACCUAGGAGAAUGUCAUUUAUAUACUGACUCCUGGUCAGUAGCUAAUGGGUUAGCUACUUGGCUGCCAACAUGGGUAGCCAAAGAUUGGAAAACAUACUCCAAAGAAGUCUGGGGAAAGGAAUUGUGGAAGGAUAUUUGGGAAAUAGUACAGAGGACUAAGGUGUCUGUGUUUCAUGUUGAUGCUCAUAGUAAUGUGGACACUUUAGAACGACUUUAUAACUCUGUUGUAGACAACCGGGCAAAGAUUUCCCAAGCUGGAUUAGAAUUCCCUCAGAAGGAGGAUCAUGAAGGCUUGGCAAAAUGGGCACACCAAAAGUGUGGGCACCUUGGAGAGAAAGCCACUUACAGGUGGGCCCAAGAGCGUGGCAUAACAGUGUCACUUGAUAUCAUCAAAACUAUAAUCGCCCAGUGCCCCGUGUGCCAACAUACUCACAAACGUCCAGUGCCUAAUAUUGUGAAAGGACAACUGGGAAGAGGAAAAUUGCCCGGACAAAUUUGGCCCACUGGGGAAAUGGAAACCCCUCUAAUGCGCAUGACUACACCCAAUUUACAAAUAAAACCUCUGACAUUAAGUGAGACCUUGACUUACUGGGAAAUUGUUCCGGGUGCGAUGGCCCCUUACCGGGCCACUCCAGAGGCUGCAGGGCUAGAUCUCUAUGCAUUGGAAUUGAUCAGGAUAAACUAA